CUGGCUCCUCCAGCCAGCUGGGCACCAGCCUGAGGAGGCUUGUGGCGCAGGCCAGCAGCCAGAGGAUGCUCGUGGCACAGACCAAGGGCUGCCUGGUCCUGCAGUGGCAGCAGGUCCCAGUGCAUCCUAGAGUGGCACAGGGACAGGAGUGUGCUUGCCCACUCAGGACCACUCAUAUGAACAGGAGGGAGGGUGGAUUUGGAGUGGACAUAAGGGAGUUGUUUACAAUGAGAGUGGUGAGGGACUGGCAUGUGUUGCCCAGAGAGAUGGUGGAUGUCCUGUCCCUGGAAACAUUCAAGGCCAGGUUGGAUGGGCUCUGAGCAACCUGGCCUAGUUGAAGAUGUCCCUGCCCAUCUCUGGAGUUGAACUAGAUGGCCUUUAGAGGUCCCUUCCAACCCAAACUAUCCUACGGUUCUACAGUCCUACAACUUACAGGGUGCCCAAACCAGUUGCCCCUGCAAGCUGGCUGCCACAUGGUGCACAGCCCCUGGGGUGCCCCAACACCUGCCCCUGCUGCUAUGGUGCAUUUGGUGACCUCGGGCCGUGGGUGCCACUGUUUCAAGCAGUAAAGAAACUUUGCUGUGGCUGCGCGUGUGGGUGCUGGCAGUGACUCACGGGGAGGGUGGGGACUGUCCCACCGGGGCUGGCACGGCUGCACACACCCGCUGUCCAUGCCACCCUCUGGUCUGGGUGCCUAUGGAACCCUCAGGCUCUGAAUGGGGCUGUGCCAGCGGGAAGUGGGGACGGGGGAGCCCCUCCGUGGAGCUGCUGAGAUUCAGGAGCACGGCGGGAUGGGCUGGCCCUGGCUGUGCUUCCGUCAGCACGGCCAUGGCUGCGGGCCAGGAGAGCAGCGUGCCAGCAGGGAGCAGCCCUGUCCGACCUGUUCCUCCAGCCCCAGGGGCCCAGAGCAGGCUGCUGUUCCCAGCUGGAGCACUGGACACCCCGCAGCUCAGGACCCUGAGUGGAGGGCAGGCAGCAGGGGAAGGCUGGCACAGCAGUGGGUGCUGAUGGGACCCAGGCAGCCUGGCCUCAAACCAGGAGUGGGACACCCCCCACCCCAGCACCCAUUUUUGGGGUCAGCUCAGUUGGGGUGCUGAACUGAGGAUGCUCAUCAGCCCUGGGGGCCCAUGGAGGUGCAGCACCGCUGGUGCUCAGUCCCAAAUCAUCCUGUAAUGGAUGCCCGGGCUGGAUCCUGUCACCAGCACAGUGCUGUGACCCCAGGAUGCUUCUCUUCCUUCAUUAUCCUCUGCAAAACGGGCAGUGGAGGCUGGUGAGGGAGGCCAGGGAAAACAGAGCUGUUGGGCCAGGCACAGGACGGAUCUUCAACUUCUUCCCAGGAAAUUCCUACCUUACAAAAAAAGCCCGUUUUUGUCUCAGAGGCUGCGAGACCCCAAGAGGAGCAGCCAGACACCCUGCGCCCCCCAGCCGUGGGGAUCUCUCAGCGGGGUCCAUCCCCGGCCAGCACCCGGGGCUCCUUUCGGUAUUGCCCCAUUGGGGCAGCCCUGCCUUCCUGGAAGGUGGCCUUUGAAACCACCAGCAUUUCCUUAAAGUCUUCUCAGGGGAAAGUCCCCGUGAUGCUGUUGCUGUCGCGCCUCCCGCUGCCUCCAUAAAACGCCGGGCGGGCGGCGGCGGGGACAGCGCGGGGACAGCGCGGGGACAGCGCGGGGACAUCGCACCAUGGGCAACUGGCUGGUCAACCACUGGUUCUCAGCCGCCGUGCUCGCAGCCUGGCUGGGCAUCAACAUCUUCCUCUUCACCUACUACUUUCUGUUCUUUGACCGGGACGAGCGGUAUUUCUACACCAGGGCCAUCCUCGGGUCCGCCCUGGCGUGGGCUCGAGCAUCAGCCAAGUGCCUCAACUUCAACAGCAUGCUGAUCCUGCUGCCUGUGUGCCGCAACCUGCUCUCCUUCCUGCGUGGCACCUGCUCGUGCUGCAGGCGCACGCUGCGGAAGCAGCUGGACCACAACCUCACCUUCCACAAGCUGGUGGCCUACGCCCUGGCCCUGCUCACAGCUGUCCACACCAUCGCCCACCUCUUCAACCUGGAGCGCUACAACCAGAGCCAGCAGGCCACGGACGGCAGCCUGCCCGCCGUGCUCUCCAAGAUGCACCUGCAGGGCAGCAAGUGGCUGAACCCCAUCCACUCCAACCAGACGACCGUCGAGUACGUGGCUUUCACCACCAUCCCGGGGCUGACGGGGGUGAUCAUCACACUGGCACUCAUCCUCAUGGUCACGUCCUCCACCGAGUUCAUCCGCAGGAACUACUUUGAGCUCUUCUGGUACACACACCACCUCUUCCUCGUCUACUUCGCUGGCCUCGUCAUCCACGGCAUCGCCGGGCUGGUGCGUGGGCAGACGGAGCAGAGCAUGGCAGAGGUGCACCCCUAUCACUGCGCCGAGUACCUCACGCAGCGGGAGCAGAACUGCACCCACAGCUGCUGCAAAGACCCCGAGUUCGGGAGCAUCCCUGCCGAGUCCUGGAAGUGGGUGCUUGCCCCCAUCAUCCUCUAUGUGUUUGAGCGGAUCCUGCGGGUCUGGCGUGCCCGGCAGAAGGUGGUUGUCAAAAAGGUGGUGAUGCACCCUGCACGAGUGCUGGAGCUGCAGAUGCAGAAGAAGGGCUUCUGCAUGGAGGUGGGGCAGUACAUCUUCAUCAACUGCCCUGCCAUCUCCCCGCUGGAGUGGCACCCCUUCACCCUCACCUCUGCACCCGAGGAGGAUUUCUUCUCCAUCCACAUCCGGGCAGCUGGCGACUGGACAGAGCGUCUCAUCGACACCUUCCAAUCAGAAACGCCCAGGAUCGAGGUGGAUGGUCCCUUUGGCACGGCCAGUGAAGACGUGUUCCAGUACGAGGUGGCCAUGCUGGUUGGAGCGGGCAUCGGCGUCACGCCCUUCGCCUCCAUCCUCAAAUCCAUCUGGUACAAGUUCCAGCAGGCUGACCAGACCCUCAAGACCAAGAAGAUCUACUUCUACUGGCUGUGCCGGGACACAGGAGCCUUUGCCUGGUUCAACGACCUGCUUGCCUCACUGGAGCACAAGAUGGCUGAGUCGGGCAAGGCAGAUUUCCUCACCUACCGUCUCUUCCUCACUGGCUGGGACACCAGCAUUGCCAACAACGUGGCACUCCACUUUGACACUGCUACGGACACAGUGACGGGGCUCAGGCACAAAACCAUCUUCGGGCGGCCCAUGUGGAACAUGGAGUUUGCAGCGGUGGCUGCAGCCCACCCCAGGUCAGUGGUCGGUGUGUUCCUCUGUGGGCCAGAGGCCCUGGCAAAGAGCCUGAAGAAAUCCUGUCACCAACACUCCAGCCUGGACCCCAGGAAGGUCAAAUUCUACUUCAACAAGGAAAACUUUUAAGUGGCAGCGAGGCUGGCACCCCAGCGGGCAGGGACCCUGACUGUGCUGCCUCGAGCCUUUUCCAAAGCAGGGCCAGGGACGAGCACCUGUGCAUGCACUGAAGCCAGGCCAGAUACAGCAAGGUCUCCGUGAGAAUUCCAGGUUCAGACUGCUGCCUGCCUGUCCUGGUGUGCAAGGGCUCCUCAUGGAGCAAGUGGGCUCCACCCAGCCCCCUCACUGGGAAACCAGAGACACAUUCUGUGACGCUGCUGGAGCAGCAGGAAGCAGUGGGAGCCCAGCAGGUUGGGCAGAACCACCUGGGGUGGGGAUGGGACAUGGGCAUCCACACAGGUGUCAGGGGCCAAAC